AUGGAGGGAACUGGCAAGGAAAGAGACGCCACGGAUAAUGCUCCGCUUAGACCGGUGUCUUCCCUGCUUUCGCAUUUCGAGAAUCUGUCGCAUCGUCGGGCUCCGUCCGCCGUCACCAACGGUUCACGCGAUCCCCCAUCCUUUCUCCGAACCCCCGAGUAUGGCGAUGAUGUCCGCUCCUCUCGGGCCUCUCUGGACCUACCCCGGCCACGAUCUCCCUGGGGAUCGGUCCCCGAGAUCGAGCGGAGUCACAGCAUCGUACACAAUGGCGUACCCCCGCGGCCUAGCGCAUCCCCGGGGAUUUCCCCGGGCAGACGGCAGAACAGGCCCAUGUCGAUGAACCUGCACUCGUCGCCACAGUUAGCGCCCACUCUGACGGUCGACUCUCCCCGGUCUCCGCCGCGCGGAUUCGGAGCGGACCAUGAGGAGGAUAUUCGCGUGUCUCGCAGCCCCCCGAAUGCCUCCCGGGAGUCGCUGCCUACUAUUCCCCAGGGGGUCUCCUCCCAUCGACCAACCACCCCCAUCACUGCGUCUUUUGCCACGGAGAAUAAAACGGACCGCUUGUCGCCGGGCAAUACAGAUGCCGGAGCCAAUGGCCGUGAAAGUCCGUCGGAACGAAAGGGCAAGAGUAUUUCACUCCCUCCUCCCGCGAACCGGGCGGAGAAGCCCAAGAUUCCCGCCAAACCUGCGGCCUUGUCACACCACGAUAGCGGCUCUCUGGCUCCGCGGCAGGAACGUGCGUCCUCAGAAGAUCGCAUCUCGCCUUUUAGCACUCCCCCGAGCAGUCCUGAGAAAGCGUCGCCCAAACAACAGCCGUCUUCGAGGGCCGCGCCCAUUCCGCGGUCGCCCUCCCACCGCUCGCCUUCCCGCCCUGUACCUGAUCUCCCGAUGCACCGGCCGCUGGAGGAGAGGCCGCCCGCCCCUCAGGCAGGUAUAUUCCGAGAACCGUCUUUUUCACAGAGGCGGCCCAUCCCGGAACCCCCGCGGGAGACCAAGCCACUCAUGGUCCAGAUCCCUCCGAGACACUCCCUUCCGCCGGAGCCACUGGCCACCGCACCGCUUUCUCACCGGGUUUCGAUGCACGACCCUCAGGAGCGCCCCGGACUGCCACCCCGACAGCCGUCAGUGGCACGAAGGGGCGGUCCAUCACCGUCGCGGUAUUCGUACCAGCCGCCGCCGGAGAGCCCGGCGUUUUCAUUGCCUCCGCCGACGCCCUACCGUGAAUCCCGUCCUCUUUACCGGGAUGAUCUCCCAACUCCCACAAAUGUCCACCGACAACCGUCCUUCUCCCGGGAGUCCAGGCCUGUGCCACCCCCGGCUGUCCCCGAGCGGCCUGUGGUGGAACGCCAAGCGGUCCGCCCCAUUCCGAGUGAGGAUGAACAGGUUCCAGAUGACGCGCCGGUUGCGCGCACAGAUUAUCCUGAUGCAUCCAGUGCAAAUCGCCGACCGCCACUGCUGAAGUCAGGACCUCAGGAGAUCCAUACGCGGUACGACACACGACUGAUGGAUGUAUGCGGGAAGCAUGUGUGCACGACCGGAUACAUUACGCGGGUGUGGGAUCUGACGACUGGGGAGCAGCUCAUGAGCCUAAGUCAUGGCGAGACGGUCAAGUGUUUGUCGUUGGCCUUCAAGCCCGGUGCAGGUCUGGAGGACGAGGGCCAGCGAUUGUGGCUGGGCACGAAUGCCGGUGAUCUUCAUGAGAUCGAUAUCUCGACCCGUUCCAUUGUCGCAUCGCGGUCCUAUCCCUCGCGACGGGAAAUUGUCAAGAUCUUGCGGCAUAAGAAGGAGAUGUGGACCCUUGAUGAUGAGGGUCGGUUGCUGGUGUGGCCGCCAGAUGAGACCGGGACCCCGAACCUGCAGUACAGCUACCACAACCCCUAUGAUCGUGUCGCCCGCGGACACACGUUCUCCAUGGUGGUGGGUGAUCUUCUAUGGCUGGCUUCCGGGCGCGAGGUGCACGUUUAUCGGCCCAAUGCGCGUGAUGAUGUCUCGUUCAAGGUCCUCAGCCGGCCACUCGGCUUGCAGCAUACAGGAGAUGUCACGUCGGGUGCAUACACCACCCAGGAUGGCGGCCGUGUGUAUCUGGGUCAUGCCGAUGGAAAGGUGACGGUAUACUCGGCCCACGACUACGCGUGUCUAUCGGUUGUCAAUGUCAGCGUCUACAAGAUCAACUGCCUGGGCAUUGUGGGAGACUAUCUGUGGGCGGCGUACAAGACCGGUAUGAUCUAUGUCUACGAUACCGCUACGAACCCGUGGACGGUGAAGAAGGAUUGGCGCGCUCACGACAGCCCUGUGAGCGGUUUUCUCCUUGACUCCAGCAGCGUGUGGACGAUGAAUCGACUGCAGGUCACUUCGCUGGGUGACGACAACUGCAUUCGUCUGUGGGAUGGGAUGCUAGAGGACGAUUGGCUGGUAGUAGAAUCUCGAAUGCAGGCCCGGGAUGUGGAGUUUUGCUCGUUCCGGGAAAUCCAUGCGGUGAUCCUGACCUGGAACGCGGGGGCAUCCACCCCGGGGAGCGUGCGCACAUCGACCUUUAUCCAGGAUGCGAUUCAUCCGGAGAAUCCGCCGGAGAUUUUGGUGUUUGGUUUCCAGGAGCUGGUGGACCUUGAAAAUAAGAAGAUCACAGCCAAGAGUCUGCUCCUCGGGAGCAAGAAGAAGGAGCAUGGUGAUAAGGAGCAUAUGAGCCGACAGUACCGGGUGUGGAUGGAGCAUCUGACCCGCGCUAUCAACGACUGCAUGCCGCUGGAAGAGUCGUAUGUGCUACUGCACAGUGGGAACAUGAUUGGUCUUUUUACGUGUGUAUUUGUCAAGCACAAGGAGCGGCAGCGGAUCACGAAUAUCAGCGCUACCGAGAUCAAGCGGGGUAUGGGAGGAUUGCAUGGGAAUAAGGGUGCAUUGAUUCUACGCUUUGUUCUGGAUGACAGCUCCCUCUGCUUUGUCAACUGCCACUUGGCGGCUGGCCAGACGCAGACGGCGCACCGCAACAACGAUAUCGCCGCGAUCCUCGAGGCGGAGUCGCUCCCUGCCGAGAGCAGCCUUGCGACCCGCGCGAAUCACUAUGUGAGCGGCGGUGAUGGCUCGAUGAUCAUGGACCAUGAGAUCUGCCUCCUGAACGGAGAUCUCAACUACCGGAUCGACUCGAUUCCGCGCAACGUGAUCAUUGACGACAUCCGCAGCAACAACCUGACGAAGUUACUCGAGCGGGAUCAGCUCCUGGCAUCGCGACGCAAGAACCCGGGCUUCCGGCUUCGGUCCUUUAACGAGGCGCCUAUCACGUUCGCGCCGACCUACAAAUACGAUGUGGGCACGGACGAGUACGACUCCAGCGACAAGAAGCGCGCGCCGGCGUGGUGUGACCGGGUGCUGUAUCGGGGUCUGGGUCGCGUCCGACAGCUCGAGUACCGUCGACACGAGGUGCGUGCCUCGGACCAUCGGCCGGUCAGUGCCACGUUCAAGCUGCGCAUCAAGACGGUGUUGCCGACGGAGCGGGCGGGGACGUGGGAAUCGUGUCAGCAGGAGUUUCAGAAAGAAAAGCGGCGACUUGCAUCGGAGGCGAGGUAG